AUGAAACUGCAAGUUUUUUUGUACACAUUUACCCUAUUUGAGCUUUGUGUUUGCCUCGGAGAACUUGGACUGGGAACUACUGGACACGGAUCCCAGUCUCCAUUUACUCUUGACCUUUCCAGCGUCGAUCAGGGCAAAGUAUCAGUGACCGAAUCAAGACACGGUGAUGUAAAGCUUCAGACGUUGCUAGUAGGAAGUGGACACGGGAUCAACAAGGUUCUGUACAAGGGCAAACAGCAGUGGAUUGCAGGCAUAGGACCGCUUGCCGUCCUUCUAAACGUAGUAUACAAAUCUGAUGAGCUACAACUGCUCAAGGUCCAGGGAAGUGGCGAAAGUGCCGCGACCUUAGGCCUCUACAAGUGCAAGGAUGGAAGUUGCACAAGGAUUAAUGAACAAGAGUACAAUGCCAAAUACGGCAAACUCACAGGAGGUGUUCCGAAAGAUGGAAAUACAGUUGACCUAUCGUCACUACCAAAAGAGGGUGUAGAAAUCAAAAAGCCAUCUCCUAAUAGCAUAUAUGCAACCCUGGAACUCACACAAAUCACAGAUAUAGUCAAGGUUGUAGAUGGACAACAAGUUCUUUGGCAUACCAUUGGCACAGAAAAGUGCAUCUCUACCUCCAUAUUCGCAGAAAAUGAGAAACCCUUGCUGGUAAAACUUGUCAUAAAAUCCGCCCUCAGAGAAUUUGAUUACUUCUUUGAGAAUAUCAGGGGACAGUGGUGGCCAUCAACCUCAACGUUUUAUAACAAGAAGAUUGAAGUUUUGCUUGAAACAGACAAGGGCUCACCUCCAGCAAGUUCGUCCUGCACACUUCCGUUUACGUUCACAGUGACCUUACUUUUUAGCGUAAUGGAUUUAUGGUAA